UGCUCGCGUAUUUAUGGCGUAUUUAUCGCAUUUUGUUUGUCGUAAUUGUUGGUGAUCAAAAAUUUAAGGAUUUAUUUGGAAUUUCCGGGAAUAACGACUCAAUAAAGAUAUAAAAUCUGGAAAUAUUUUUCAUCUGACGUGAUUAAUACAAUUGUUGUAAAUUAAGAUUGUAAACAAUGCAGUGAAAAGUCCUAAUGAAUUUCUUUGAAAACGAAAUGACAUGAACUAAAUAUUUUGUUGGUCCACCCUAAUGAAAUGUACAGAUAAGUGUAUUUGUUUUCAAAUAUGAUGCAGUCAUCAUCAGAAGGAUGCAUGAACAUCGCCGAACUGGCUAAUCAGUUGCGGCGUGAAAAAAUAUUCAUAAAUACCGAGAGGCAGCUGUUACAGAAGUUGAACGAAGAUGUGGAGAACCGGGCAGUGGAGUUGUUACAGGUGUCGUGGAUCUGCUCGCAACAGCGUCAGAACCUCACAAACCUGAUAUCACGAUCUGAGGUGGAAUCUAUAGCCGCCUGUCAACGAGCCAGUGCUUUAGAAAGAACCACAUUUAUCGAUGUUUACAAAGUCCUCAAGUACAAGGAAGCUUUAGCACUUGGCGAGCUCCUUGGAUGGCUCCGAGAUUCGCCGCACCUUGUUGCACUUUGCCUCUUACUAGGAGAAGAACAUAUGCCUCAGUCGCUGCCCUCGGCUUUAGUUGCUGGUUUAUAUGGAAGUUGUAGACUAGCUAGUGACCGUACAAGAUUAUUAGCUGUCAUAAAAUCGUUGAUUAAGCAUCAGCUGGUCACUUCCAAUGAUCCUAGAAAGUUAUUCAGAACAGGCAAAUGUGCUCUCGCAUCUUUAUAUGCGGUUUUUCGGGAUGGACAUACUCCUGCGCGUCAAUUCCUUAUCGCGAUGCUACAGGGACCAGUGAUGACUGUACUGCAAGAAGACGAAUUCUUCCUUGAUAUUGACCCAGACAAAUCUAUGGAAAGGUUUUCAUCAUCGGACCGUCUGAAAAAGUUCGGCCCACCGAACAGCGCGGAAUACGCAGCCAAGGUGACCCGCUACCGGAAAUGGACCGUGCAGUCGCUGUACAACCUCACCACCAAGUUCAUCAUAUCGAUGAAAGAACACUGGUCGAACUUCCCGACGACCAUCGCGUGGAUCAUACAGCAAAUUGUACAUUUACUGAAGCAACAUUCCAGAGUAUCAGAUCGCGAACUGCACGCCCUCUGUACUGACCUCGUGUUGAACCACCUGAUAUGUCCCGCGAUCAUGAACCCCGAGGCGCACGGCGUGCUGGAGGUGCCCGUCUCGUACAUCGCGAGGUCCAACCUUAUACAGAUCGCGCAGAUCAUUCAGAUGCUCUGUCUGGCUAAGUACCAGGACGUGGAUCCGAAGCUGCGCGACCUAUACAUGAAGUUCGAGCGCACGUCCGUGUGGACGCUGGUGGAGAGCGUGAGCGGCGAGGAGUACAGCGGCGCGCCCCCCGCCUCGCCGCACCCCCCGCUGCACCCGCACCCGCGCACGCCGCGCGCCCUGCUCGCGCCCGCAGAUGCGCACCUGCUGAUAAUGUUCUUAAAACGUAUAUCGUCGAAAUUGAACAAUAACAUGCCAUCGACGCCGUCCGACGAGCAGCCCGGGAACUCCGCGACGGUCGCCGAGGCUGUCUUCAGCUCGUCGAGCAGCGAGUGCUCGUGGGGCGGGGAGGCGUCCGCGUCGCGCCUGGCCGCGCUGCUGCAGACCAUGGAGCCCAACUACAGGAGCAGACUCCACGACCUUCUCAAGAAAAUGCCUGAUCUAUCUAAAUACAAGCAAACCUCGCCGCUAGAAGCCAAAGACACCCUCGAGAACGGUCACCCGAAGAAAGGUAUACUCGCUAAAGUUCCGAAGCCCCGCCUGCCUCGCUCCGGCAGCUCCAACUCCUCGCUGGCCGACGAGAGGUCGACGAACGGGUCGUGCGACAGGGAGGAGGUCGGCGACGGUCCAGAGGUCUGGAUGAUACGGCUGGCCAACACCGAGGAGCACGAGUACAUCGGUCUGAUACCGGAAUCUAAAGUGUUGGAGUGUUACUAUGGAGGGGCGGAGGGCGACGACCCCGCGCUGGUCCCGCCCCGCGCUCCUCAGCAAAAACGUACCAGGUUCUCGGUGUCCCACGACGAGGUGUCCCUGGGCAACACGUCGGACAACUUGGAAGCCGUGUCGGAAGCCGCCUCCAACCACAGCGUCACCUCCAGCAUGGAGCUCGAAACCGAAGACCAGAACGACAACCUAUCUGAUAUGGUGUCGGCGAACGUGAGCGGGCGCGGCAGCCCCAACAUCUCGGGGCGGGAGACGCCGUCGUCCCAGGUCACCGACGGCGACGCGGCCGGCGACGCGCCGCAGAGGAGAAUACCGCAAAAUGUUCCACCGAGUCAAGCGGUCAACGUUCAAGCCAAACUACUGAAGCACACGAGAAACGAAAUCGAAGAUAAAUUCUGCAAAUUCGAAAUCAGGAAACUCCUGGAAGGCGACGAGACGAUCAGCAUAAUGUCGGACACGUGGAGCACCGACGUGCUCGCCUCGGACUCGGAGACCAUCGGGGACUCGUGCGAGCAGACGCAGAUAGCGGCCGGCCAGGGCGUCAGCGCCAACAGCACGAACGCUCCCGACGCGUCCGAGACCGCCAGCGAGUCCGCGUGGAGCAUGGACGUGCUGGCCUCCGACAGCGACCGGAACACCGAGGUGGACACGGACGACUGCGUGUCGGUGGCGGCGCGCUCCGACACGUCGUGGCCGCGCCGCGCCUCGCAGCCCGACGAGCCCGCGCCGCCGCCCCAGAACGGUAAUAUAAAGCGGCCUGAUGUGAUUCGGGACAGCCCAAGACACGCUUCGAGACCUCAUUUAGUCAACAGGUCGGGGGGCGGCUACCUCACGGCGACGGCGGCGCUGAGUCGCGGCGGGGAGCUGGACCUGGCCGCGCACCACGCGCACUACGGGCUCGAGAACAGGAAGAGCAUCCUCGUCAACGGGUACCCGGUAAUGACUUGCUACACGGCCUCCGCCCCGGAGAGCCCGAGCACGGCGGCGCCCCCACCCCCGCCCGCCGACGCCUUCGACAACCGACCGAUCAAUGGAGAGUCAACGCAAACAGAGUCGACAUUAGAUGCGGAGAGUCAGUCGGACGCGACCAGCCAGUGGGUGGACGACAGCUUCCCGUCGCUGGGCGGCCCCUCCACCUCCACCUUCGAGUUCCCGCCCGCCUCCAAGCCCUACGAGGACAACGACCUCGACCGCUCCAACUCCAGCGAGAGCUCGUUCAACGCGCUCUCCGUGUCGCAGUACGGCGACACCAUCACCGACCUCAUGACCCGCAUGUCCUCGGCCACGAUAUCCACCUCAACGAACCUCAUGAACAAUCUCACUUCGCGGAUCACGAAAUCCGAGAUCAGAACUGUGGUCAGCAUCUCUUCGUCGAAAGUGGAGAAGAAGAGAGACGGGAAUAAUAUUUCGUUGAGCACCCUGUCAGUGAACAGCGGAGAGACUUCGGUGUCGGAUAAGAGUUCGAGUCAAGACGUGAACUCGGAGAACGUGACGGAGAGGAGAGUGAGUCCGCCGCCCGUGAAGGCGCCCUCUACCGGCGCUAUACCAAAGAGCAUCAGCUUCGAUGCGACGGCUGAGAAAUCGCAACGAAGGCGCGCAGUCGGCGAGGACGGUCUCGCGGGGAACCUGGACGAGCUCAAGAACAACGUGAAGCGCUCCGGCGGCAACCUCCUGCACAAGAUCAAGAUGUUCAGGCACAUCGGCCGGUCUCAGCAGCACCACGACAUAAAGCUACCCGAAGAAGAUUGUCGCAUCGACGAGGGCGCCCGACCCGAAGCCGCGCCCGGCGAGAGCUCCGAAGACAUCCUCGCCAAGUACCGCCGGAAGAGCUCCAGCGACUCCAGCGGUAAGAGGCGGCCGCAGCUACGCCUCGCCGAUGUACCGGACGCCGACCUAGAGAGGUGUGAGGGGGUCGUGAACCUGAAUGAUCCAGAGGUAUUCAACAGUAUGAAGCAGAAACUUCGGAUGGUACUGUCCAAUCCAGAUCUGCACUGUGUCGACUAUGUACCUAACCGCGUGACGAGCUCGUCGCUGGUGGAGUGGAUGCGCGCGGCGGCCGCGUGCGCCGGCUGCGAGUCCGGAGCGUCGCACGCGCACGCGCUGGGCCGCGCGCUGGGCGGCGACGCGGCGCUGGACGGGCGGCUGGCGGCGGCGCUGCGGGCCGACCUGUGCGCGCGCCGCCCCUACGCCGCCUACCUCGCCUCCUGCCGCGCCGCACUCGCGCACGCCGAGCGGGCCCUGCUGGCGCAAAUAAAGCUCGUGAAAUCGGAAUGCUCGUCGUGCGGGCGCGCGGCGGCCGCGGCGCGCGUGCUGCAGCAGCUGGAGCGCGGGCACGCACUGCGCCGCCUCGCCGCGCACCACCUGCGCGCCGCCCCCCUCGCCUGCGGCGGGGAACUGAUGGACGAGAAAGCAACAAGACUGACUGCCGGUAUCAAAGCAAUCAUCGCUGAGGUGAAGGCCGAUCCUUCCUGGGAAGGUGCAACGCAGAACAUUCUAGAAAUGGCGGAGCUUACCGUAGAGCGAGCCGCGUUCGCGAGGCUCUAUCUCCACGUGCUGUUCCCCAACGGAGAUGGCGACAUUGCACGUGACCAGGUGCUGAGCGAGCACAUCCGGCGGCUGGCGGCGUGCACGUGCGCGUCGCGUGCGGGCGUGGCGCCGCGCCACCUGUGGGCCGCGCCCUUCCCGCGCGCGCAGGCCCUGCUGCGGCAGCUGCCCGGAUACCGCGCGCCCGCCGACAAGAUCGCGUGCGUCACCCAAUGUGUGACGUCAAUAAUGGCGGUUCUGAACCUCACGGAAUGCACCGCGCCCUCUGCUGACGACCUCACGCCGGUCCUCGUGUAUGUCAUUAUAAAGGUGAAUCCGCCGUCGUUGCUGUCGACGAUCGAGCUGGUGAGCGCGCUGGGCGGCGGCGCGCGCGGCGAGCAGCACUACUGCUGGACGCACUUCUGCGCGGCCGUCGCAUACAUCAAGACCAUGGACUACACCCCGCCGCCCAUCUAGCGCCGCCCCGCGCGCACGAUGUCAGCGCGUGUUAAUGAUUCAAUGAUUUCCAUCGAGUGGAGAUUGCGUUCUCGGCGCAACACAGUGUAGAGGCAACCGAGGUACAAGAUCUUGCACAACCUCCACGUACAAUAUCACAGUAUCAUUUAUUUACAUUCGAAUUUAUAUGAAAAUAUAAUAUUUAUUAUUUCACCGGUUCGACUUGAACUGUGUGAAUAUUGGAUUUAAUUUUUAACGAUAUGUGAAGACAUGAGUGGAUGAAGGGGAUAUGAUAUAAUUUGUUAAUUUUGAGAAAACUGGCAACAAGCUUUAGUUACUUGUACUGUUUUCCUCGUACUGAACUCCUUCAUUAUAUACAAUUUCAAAAAAAUAGUCUUUGAAGCCGAAGUUGUAAGGUCUCUAAUAUGGUCUGUAUAUUAUUUACAUAACACCUUCAUUUAAUGUAAAAACUCAAAAAUCUUAAAAAUUGUACUUAAGCCCUUCAUCCACUCAUGUCUUCGUAUAGUAGUGACACUGCUGUUGGCCGUCUGUAUGUACUAUACUCUGUACUGCUGUACUUUUGGACAGUGUUGCCGAAAUUCAACUUUAUGUAUAGAAUUUAGAUGAAUUUGUUCAAACUAAAUUCAAAAUUUGAAAAGAUUAUCUGUAACAUAAAAACGUCCUCUAAUCUAGAAUUGGCCUUUACGUGAGUGAACGCGAAAAAUAUAUUCCUAUUAUUGAUAAUAAAUGUGGAACGCUUUCGGGAAUUGAUGAGUUGUAGCGACGGCGCAUUUAGGCAACGGCGGAUCCAGGGGAGGGUCAUGGGGGUCAUGACCCCCCCCCCCUCCCUGAGCUUGACUAAGGACUUGAGAGGACUUGAGCUAACUUGGACUAAUUGAAGAACAUCAUAAUUUAUUUAUUAUCUAUUGUUAUCAAAAUGAAAUCAUAAAUUCUUAACUUGCCCACGACUAUGUGACCCCCUCCUGGCGCCAAACCUGGAUCCGCCCUUGCAUUUAGGUAACUAACGUGAGUAUCCGUAGCGAGCCGUCGAUGGCGUUGUGUAGUGUUAAUAACUAAUAGAUAGCAUCAAAUGCCGACCUGGUAGCCGACAAAGCUUGUAUAAAUUUUGUAAUUUACAUUAAAAUGCCUUGCUCUAGAAUCCAUAACGUAAUUUAGCAGAUUAUUAAUAUUAUUUAUUGCCUCUGAUUGUAUUGGGAAAUUCGAAAAAAAUAAAAUAAAAUAUAUUCGCUUUGUAUAAAAAGGGUAUUUUUAGGGUAAAAGACUUAUCGUACGUGAGUUGAUCAGAGUUCGUUAGGCGUCUGUGAUGUAGAAGUCGGAUAUUAGGAGAUGGUAUUUUUUUUUGAAAAUAUUUGAGUUUUGUCUUUUAGUAAUUUAUACGAGCCGUUUUUUUUGUCGGGACGACAAAUCGUGUCGUAGAACAUUCUGCCUUCGAAAUCUAUCACAUAAUAAUUAUAAUAAUUAUUAUAAUUCAUUUAUUGCAAUGUAAAAUGUAUAUAGAAUUACAUUAUAUUUUAUUGAUUCGAAUUGCAAGUUUGUUACAUGGUUCGGUCUGCUAUUUGUUCAACUGUAAAAAUGUUUAUUGUUUAUAUUGAUUUACGAAUCGAGUAUAGCAGGGCUAUAUUUGUUAGCUCGGUAUUGCAUGUUUCAUUUCAAUGGGUCUAUUAAGCGACUCUUUGAAACUGUUUUUGGUAAUUUGUGGAAUGUAAAUAAAAUAAUUGAUUACUUGAAAAAUAGUUGAAAAUUAAUAAAACUACAUUUUGUUAUUCGUAUGCCACUGAGCGACUCUUCUGUCGCGUCACGAGUCUACACCGCGCGCAGCCUAAACCUGCUUUCAGACUACACUAUAAUAUAAUAUAAUAAUAUAUACCAUCCGGCUAUGGAAUGAGCUCCCCUCCACGGUGUUUCCCGAGCGCUAUG